AUGGUUCGCAAAUGCGAUGCCUGUCGCGAGUCCUCCAAUCUCAAGCGCUGCUCUGGCUGCCACAAAGCCUGGUACUGCUCUGUCUCUUGCCAAAAGUCUGUGUGGGUACGGCACAUCUUUGCCUGCAAACCCCGUCGCCCUAUCAACACUGCAGACCAUCUAGCACUUGCAGUCAGAAACGACGCUUUUCCGCAAGAUCCACAGACUUGCGAGGAUUAUGGAUUUGAACGCGCAUUCACGGUGGAGAACAGGUCCAAACUUCUUGGCUUGUAUAUCGGUAUGUACAUGUGGAGGCUGAUGGGCUCGGGACGCAUGGCAAUUCCCCCAAAGACCAUCCAUGAUUGGCGGGUUAGAGGCGUGCUUGUAGAGGAGAUCAAAGCAGCAUACUACAAGCUUCCCGCUGAUAACAGAGGCGGUUACUUCCCUUGGUUCCUGCAAAACCAGAACAUUCUUGAUCCGUCUGCUGCCGCUGAUAUCCUGCGGCAUGACCAAGCAGAUGCCAUGGUUCUGCGCGCAUGGCGCUUCACCGGAGGCGCAGAGACAGACUCGCCGGAGGAUAUCAGAGCCCGCUUGACUAGCAUGCCUCGGGACAAGCAAUCGUGCCAUGUGUUCUAUACAAUGCUCUUGAGCAAAUGGCAUCCCGCACCGUUCGAUGACUUCUGGAUCCCCUUCGGGUUUUGCUCAUGUGUCUCCGAAGAGGAAGAAAUGUAUCUGGGUGGGCGCUACCAGGACCUCAUUACCAAAUGCACAUUCGAUGAAUUCCAUGACGCCUUCUGCUCCGCGCGUAUCCUCAAUCUCUUCCGCAAGCACGGAAUUGACGUUGAUGUUCGCUACCUUGCAGACGUCAUGCAGAACCACCGAAUGAACAAGUCCGUCUGGGACCUCAAGCAGUUUGCCAUCCGGACUGACAAGGAAAACGCAGAGGGCGGAAUUGUGAACUCUAUCGCGUGCGAUUAUGGGUUCAUGAAUUGCAGGAAAGACUCUGAGAUACAGGCGCUGAAGAAAGUUUAUAGGACGUUUUUUGAGCGUCGUGAUGCGGAUCCGCUAGCGCUGCACGAUGCUGCGUUACGCGGAGACACAUUUGGGUAUCUGGGGAGUCUGAUGAAGCUGAACGCGAAGUUCGAACGCCUUAUGAAGAACCCAUACCCACUCCCCGUGAUGGAGUGA